AUGCCCACCCGCUGCCUAGGCCCUCUCGCCGCCGCCCUCCUGCUGGGCCUGCUGCUGCCCCGCCUGCCCCUGGGCCACGGCGACACAGCACAGAAACCGGGCGUGUGCCCCCAGCUCCAGGGCGACCAGAACUGCACGGAGGAGUGCGUCUCGGAUGGAGACUGCGCGGACAACCUCAAGUGCUGCCCGGCGGGCUGCGCCUCCCUCUGCGCUCUUCCCGAUGAAAAGCCAGGAUCCUGCCCCCGGCUAGACAUGAGUAUCCUCCCGCUGGGUAUCUGCAAAGACCUGUGCCAGGUGGAUAGCCAGUGUCCGGACAAGAUGAAAUGUUGCCGCAACGGCUGUGGGAACGUGUCCUGUGUCACUCCUAACUUCUGA